CCCAGGUGGCCCAAAACGGUGGGUCGUGCCUUCCGUUUCUGACGGACGAAGGCAAUCACGCGCUAGCUGCACCACUCCUUUCCCACUCCCGCCCACUCCAUAUCAGCUCUUCACAUUAACUACACAUCACAGCGCCGAUGGCUUCAUCUCCCUCCCGAACAAGCGACGAUGACUUCCCCAUCGAGGAGCUCGUCUUCAGCUGCACCGUUUGCCAGGCCACCAUCUCCGAAGUCUACGCCACGACCGAAAGCAACAAAGGCUUCCACAGCGGCUCGGGCGACGAAGACGGCAUCGUGACGAAGUUAUGGAUCGCCGAGUGCUCGCACAUCACUUGUGCGAAACAUCUGGAGGAUGGCGCUCCGCCCUUCCAUCCCAAGGAUCUGCCGCCCAAAGCGCCAUGUCCAAAGUGCGUGAAGGACAAGGGUGAUGACUCUCCAAAGGAUCUGUACGGCAUCCGCGGACUAGGCGAUGGAGAGUACGAUGCUAUGAUCCCAGCGGAAUGGCGACGGUGUCCUGCUAUCAAGCUUGACAGCAGUGUUCCUGGCAUGUCGGCUGUUCGCUUUCAGUAUAUGGCGCUGUGUCAGUAUGCGCGACAAGCUCGGAAACAUUGGAAAGGCUCGGCGUCUAAGCUGUCUAAAGCUGAGGCUGCGUGUUCAGAGGAGCGGAGACAGCGGCGGGAGUUGCAGUCUCAAGUGCAGCAGCUGAAGAAGCAGACCGAGACUGUGCAGGACCUUGAAUCGCGGCUGAAGAAGUGGGAGGCCAGGAAGCCGGUGAUCAAUCGUGAGCCUCUGUAAUCUUUUACCCAUCUGGAUCUGCGCUGACAGACAGCUCCCACGGACUAUCUCAGAGUUGUCAGUCUGAUGGCGGAGUAAGUCAUCUAUCUCAA